AUGGCUGCCGGCGCCGCAACCCACCCCGGAGGAGGAGGGACGGAUGGUGCUAAUUCGGACUCUGGCAAGGCGCCCUUUCGCCACAUAGAUGACCUGACCUCUGUCGGUGUCGACCUCGACCCUCAUACUCCUCUGAGGAAGAUGCUUGAGAUUGGUGAUGCACACAUGCGGCAAGCCACCACAUUCAACGACUUUCGCCGACCCGACCUAGCACUGCAAGAAUACAUCAAGGCUUUCAUCAUCGCCGUCGAUAGAGUCCCCAAGCACAAAGAAUAUCCUUCCCUAAAGGCCGACCGAGGCGACCUCAACCGCCUGUACACUGCGCUCAAGUCCAAGAUCAGUGCCAGCACGACCACUUUCGAGCAGAUAAAAUCUAACAUACAGGACGACAACCGCCGAAGCGGAGUGUGCUCCACACGAUCAGCACUCAAUUCUUCAAAACCAUCGUCCAUGAAUCUGCCCAGCCCUCCGUCAGGCCAUCUCAUGCAAGACUCGAACCAAGCGGCUGGAGAUAGCCGACUAAAUGGGUCAAGCCGCGAGGGGGACGGCUUGUUCAGCCCGGCGCGCAAGAACAAGCCCGCCGUGCACCCAAAGCCUCAAGCCUUGCAUGGCAAAGCCGUAGGGCAUGUAUCAGACAUGGCGCCGCAGGACCUCGCAGCUCGUUUUGCAAAGCUUCGCGAAUGUCACGGUCCUCACAAGGUUGGAGCAGCAGCCGACCCCACGAAACAUGCUGGUCUUGGAGACAUGACUAAAUAUUAUGGUCCUCGAAGCCCAGUCGACAGGUCGAUUCCAGUCUUGCCAAAGCUCCCCGAUGCAAUCUAUAAUCCCGCUAGAGGCACCGUCACGAGCGAACUUGCCAAUCUCCCAUCUAGCACCCCCCGCGGCAUGUUUAGCCGCACGAACUCGAUGGCCUCCGGUCCCAGUGCCUCUUCUCGGACAUCAAUGGAGAAUGCCAUCAGGUCUUUUAGCGAAGAACAGUUCGUAACAGCGCACACGUACGAGGCGCCUCGACUAUCCUCGCGACCACAACCGACUGGGAUACGCGUUCCUGAGGGAAACACUAUCACUGUCAACGACCUCAUCGGUUACAUGCGUCAGGGUUCAGCUACGAUCCGCAUCCUCAUCAUUGAUGUUCGCGACCGAGAUUCAUAUAACGAGGGGCACAUCAUGUCGCAAAGAACUAUCUGCAUUGAACCCGAGAUUCUGUCCCGCGGGAACAUUUCUGCGGGCCAGAUCGUGGACAGUAUGGUCUUGGCACCUCCACAGGAAGAAUCUGCGAUUAAACAGCUGGAUGAAGUCGACCUCGUCGUCGUCUACGAUCAAGACUCGACACGUGUGCCGACGAGGCUGAGCGGCGACACCGAAGAGAUAGUACUGUACAAUAUCUGGCAAGCUCUUUCUCAGUACAACUACGAUAGAGCGCUGAAGAACCCCCCAAAACUAUUGGUCGGUGGUCUGGAUGCUUGGGUCGACGAGCUUGGUGCCCAGUCUUUGGGAACCUCGAGCACACCGACCAGCGCAAAGCCCGCGAAUUGGGGUUCUGCCAGGCACCACGGCGGACGCAGACGAUCGAGGAACACGAUCACGCUUCCGCAGGAUGAGAGUGAACGCUGGGAGGCAACGAUCAAGAAGGAGCAAACACUGGAAUACAUCAAGUCAAAAAAAGACUUCCAUGCCAAAUUUCCAAGUGUCUCACGCUUACCAGAAUCCAUGAGUUCCUCUACGAGGCCCCGCCAAGCCAAGCGAAUGGCCGAAGCCAGAGAGGAAGAUUUCCUAGAAACCAUUGCACCCAACCCUCCAAGACUCCCAAAGCGGUCCGUUGCGAAGACCAGGUAUAGUGGGCUGGAGUCAGAAGACGAUGCAUCGCCAGUGGGCGGCAUCACCAUGAUGGCUGAUUCUUCACAAGCAGCCACCACGCAAAAACGGACUGGACUCCGAAACCCCACGAAUUGGUGCUACUCAAACGCGACUCUACAAGCAAUCCUUGCGUCGCACGGCUUUGUGGAUGAAAUGUUGGACGAGAGAUGGCCUGCAAACCAUCGCUCAAUGGCUGGGCCAUCACACGUCCGGCAUGCUCAGCUGAUGUGCAAAGUUCUCGGAAACCUUAUGCAAUGGAUGAGUAAGAAGCAUUUUGACACUAUGCAGGCCACGACAUUCAUGCAUUAUAUACGCGCCAUCCACCGGGGAUACCUAUCUGGUGAUGGUCAAUGGAUGAGAUUCGGGGACCGCAGUCAACACGACGCGGAGGAGUUGAUCACAUUCGUAUUCGACCAACUUGCGGGGGAAACUAAUAUGGCCCACCUGCACGCACCAUUAGAAGACCCCAGCCCUGAUAUUGCCAACAAUCGUGUGCAUAGUCUGGUCCACUUCUGGAACACCACGAUACGUCAACGCGACGACAUCGUACUUCGAUACUGGGCAGAUGUCUCAAUGGCUGUGCUCACAUGCAAAGCAUGUGGUAAAGUUACCAAUACCCCUAUCGUGGAGGAAGUCUGCGGGUUCCCGGCGGUUAAAGGACGUAAAGAUGCUAGCUUGCUCGGGGACCUGAAAGCACUGACAAAAGGCGAUGAAGUAGAGUAUAACUGUUUGUGUGGCGGCCUAGGCGACAAAGACAAGAAGGGCGUGUACCAGGGCGUGCCAGCGGACCACCACAAGCAGUCUCAAUUUGUGAGACUACCGCCGCUACUCAGAGUUUGCCUUUACAGAUAUGACUACGGGUCGCCCGACAAACUCGUGACUCAUUACGACUUCCCCAUUAACGACCUCGACCUUCGUGAAUACACGAUGGAGGAGAAAGACAGAGAAGCAGUCAAGAAAGCACUGGGGAGCAAUGGCGAUGGAUUCGCAGGUACCACCAGCUACGAUCUCUAUGCGGUUAUCGUCCAUCAGGGCGCGAGGCUGGCGACAGGACACUACUGGACGUAUGUUCGAACGGGUGCUUCGGAGUGGACGAAAUGCGAUGAUGCAAGGAUUACCCCGACUGGAAUCGACGAAAAGGAACUACACCGAAGAUUGACGCAGAAUUACCUACCUAGCGAGCCUACCGAUAAGAACCCCACGCCCCCCACGCCGACCAUGAUGUUUUACAAGCGGAAGGACGUACCUUGGUCUUGGGAUGUGAAGAAGAAGUAG